AUGCGCUUCUCUAGCAUAGCCAUAAUCUUUCAAAGCGCAAGCAUCUUUCUGACAGUCCUGGCUGUUUCCACUAUAGACCACAUACCUGAGGAAAGUAAAAAAUUUAAUUGUCACCAAAGCUAUAUCAGUAAAAAAGAUUUUGCAAGGACACCACGGACAGAGAUAAAAAGAGUGGCAGAAAAUAAACUUUCUUGGUCUUGGACUGACCAAUUGAGUUACAUGAUGAAGGAUUCCAGAAAUCAGAAUUCUGUCUUGUUUGGAAAUGAGUCUCAAGUUUCCAAGUUUUACAUCCUCGAUAAUUUGACGACAGAUCAUACUUCUGGAGAUUAUGAUUAUACAUAUGAAUAUAUCAUCCUUGUUGACAAGAAAGAUCGCGCUUGUGGCGUUAUAAUGAGAGUAUUGACCCGCGUUAAAAACGAAAGUUCGAUUCUACCAGAUCAAAAUAUCUCAUUUUGCUCCAUUGAAGCUUGA